AUGUCAGAGGACAGGAUAGCCCAGAGCUAGGAUUACACACAGAUCACCAUCCAGAAUUUCUCCUACAGGUGGACCAUCAGCAGCUUUUGUUUUAUUCUGGAGGAAAUUCGGGAACACAUUAGAAGCCCAACUUUCUUAAUAAGUGCCUAUGACAAAUGGUGUUUGAGAGUAAACCCAAAGGGAGUGGAUGAAGGAAGUGUAAAUUACCUGUCAGUUUACCUAGUGUUGCUCAGCUGUCUAAAGAGUCAUAUUUGGGCAAAGUGGGGGAGCCAGAAGGGCUUUAGGUUCUUGCCAUGCUGGCACUGGGGAUUCAAAAAGUUCAUCCUUUUAAAUUUCCUCUUAUCCCAUGCUUCUUUGGUUCUCGCAGAUGAUGGGUUCAUCCUUCUCUGCAAGGUGAGCGAGGUCCAGGACUCCUUCAGCCUCUCUGACCAGAACACAAUGGCAGGGAUGCAGGUUCCAAGCUGCACAUUGGCAGAUGAGCUAGGAGAGCUGUGGGAAAAUUCCCGAUUCACAGACUGCUGCCUGGUGGUAUCUGGCCAGGAAUUUCAGGCUCACAAGGCCAUCUUAGCAGCUCACUCUCCAGUUUUCAGAGCCAUGUUUCAACAUGACAUGAAGGAGAGCAAAAGUAGUCGCGUCGAGAUCCAUGACCUGGAGCCGCAAGUCAUUAAGACAAUGAUGGACUUCAUUUACACCGGAAAGGCACCAGACCUGGAAAGCAUGGCAGAUGUUCUGCUGGCAGCUGCUGACAAGUAUGGCCUGGAGCGUUUGAAGGUCAUGUGUGAGGAUGCCCUCUGCAGGGACCUCUCUGUGGAGAAUGCUGCCCACACUCUCUUCCUGGCUGACCUCCACAGCUCAUGGCAGCUGAAAACCCUGGCACUGGAUUUCAUUACAGCUCAUGUUUCUGAGGUCUCUGAGACCUUAGGCUGGAAGAUAAUGGAGGGCUCAUACCCCCACUUGGUGGCUGAAGCUUAUGGCUCCCUGUCUUCUGCACAGGAUACUUUCCUGGAGCCCCCACUCAAACGCAUGAAGCGAUCCUAG